UUACUAAAGCUCAACUAAGCUCUCAAAGCUCUUGCUUCAAAAAUCUCUGCAUCUACUUCCACUACAGGUUUCCUUUCUAAUAUAUUCACUUCAGAAAAAACUCCUUAAUUUCUGCAUUUUUUUUCCCUCUUUAUUAAAAGAGAGGAAAAACUAUCUACAAUCUCUCAUCUCAGGUUAGAGAAACACACAAGGAAUUGUGGUGGGGGUGGUGUGAAGGGGGUGGGGGAAAAUAUAAGAGUUAAGAAAAAGAAAAAAAAGUGUUUGUUUCUCGAGAAAACCAAAAACAGAGUGUUUUGACACUCAGGGGGGUGGAGAGGGGGGUGGGGUUUUAGCCAAGUGAUGCGCUCAGGAGCUUGUGCGGUCCAGCAGACCCUCACAGCGGAGGCUGCUUCAGUACUGAAGCAUUCUCUAAGCUUAGCUCGGAGGAGAGGCCAUGCUCAGAUCACUCCUCUCCAUGUGGCUGCGACUUUGCUGAGUUCAAGAACCAGUCUUUUAAGAAGGGCUUGUCUCAAAUCUCAGCCACACCACCAAACAACAACAACCUCUCAUCAUCAUCAUCACCAUCCUCUUCAAUGCCGAGCUCUUGAGCUCUGCUUCAAUGUCGCUCUCAACAGGCUCCCAACUACCCCUGGUCCUCUGCUUCACGGCCAACCUUCUCUGUCAAACGCUCUGAUUGCUGCCUUGAAACGAGCUCAGGCUCAUCAGAGAAGAGGCUGCAUAGAACAGCAACAGCAACAGCCUCUUUUGACUAUCAAAGUUGAGCUGGAGCAGCUUAUCAUUUCAAUCUUAGAUGAUCCUAGUGUUAGCAGGGUUAUGAGGGAGGCUGGGUUUUCUAGUACUGCCGUGAAGAACAAUAUUGAGGAUUCCUCUGCUUCCUCUGUUUUUCAGUGUUAUAGUAGCUCUGGUGUUGGUGGUGUUUUCUCUUCACCAUGUUCACCUUCUGCAACUGAUCAUCAAAACCAGAGGGAAAAUAUCGUUAAUCCUGGUAAUUUCUGGCAUACCCAUUUCUUGUCCUACUCUUAUGACCAAAACCCACUUCUUUUCUCACCUCCUCAGAAGAAAGUUUUCCCCAUCAUCACUACCACCAACUCCGAAUCAUCUGCAGCUUCUUCUGUCAAGGAAGAUAUAAAGUUGGUUUUUGAGGUGUUCUUGAGGAAGAAUAAUAACAAUAAUAAGAGAAGGAACACUGUGAUAGUCGGUGAUUCUUUGUCUAUAACUGAAGGUUUGGUUUCUGAGCUGAUGGGGAGGUUAGAGAAAGGAGAUGUUCCUGAAGAACUCAAACAGACCCAUUUCAUCAAAUUCCAAUUUGCACCUGUCUCUCUGAGGUUCAUGAAAAGGGAAGAAGUUGAAAACAGCAUUUUGGAGCUGAAAAAGAAAGUGGAUUAUUCUAUUGUAUCAGGAGGUGGGGCUAUUAUAUAUGCAGGAGAUCUGAAAUGGACAGUGGUUGAUGAGAAAGAAGGAGAUCAUCAAGUCUGUGGAGGAGGAGGCAAUUAUAGUGCAAGUGAUCAUUUAGUUACAGAAAUAGCAAGGUUGGUCUGUGAUAAUAAUCAAAAUGGAAGCUCAUCAUCAAAGCCAAAGGUUUGGUUAAUGGCUACUGCAAAUUAUAACACGUAUAUGAGAUGCCAAAUGAGACGACCUCCACUUGAGAUUCAAUGGGGUCUUCAAGCUGUUUCCGUUCCAUCAGGUGGACUUGGUUUGAGCCUCCAUGCUUCCAGCCUCCAUGACUCAAGGAUAAUGUUGUCCCAAAGCCCACCUCAAUCGCUAGAAACAAAGCCAUUUGCUAACAAAGAAGAACAAGAUCAUCAGCUCUUGACUUGCUGCGCAGAAUGCACUUCACAUUAUGAGAAAGAAGCUCAAUUGUUCAAGUCAGGCCAGCAAAAAUUGCCUGCCUGGCUCCAACCACAAGGAACCGAAGCCCGUCAAAAGGAUGAGUUGGUUGAGUUGAGAAGAAAAUGGAGCAGAUUGUGUCAUAGUCUACAUGAAAGCAAACAUAGUCAGAAUCAUUUGAGCUCAACUUUGUGCAACAAUCAGGGCUUGAUUGGAAAGAGCUGCUCUUACACUGGUUCAUCAUACCCAUGGUGGCCCACAAAUAAUAGCGUCUUUCCAGAUUCAAACUCAAUCUCCUUUGCUGAUUCACCUCCAAAGCCUGCUGCAUUACAAAGUUCCAAUCCCAUACCCCGUUUCAGGAGACAACAAUCAUGUACAAUCGAGUUCAACUUUGGCAAUGGAAUCCAAAAGCAUCAUCACCAUGAUCAUCAAGUGGUGGAGCCUAGCUUAGAUUCUCUCAAAAGCAGAGAUGAUCAUGAUCAUGAUCAUGAUCAUGAUCACGAUCAUCAAGGCAAAGAAGUUAAGAUCACCCUUGCACUUGGAAAUUCUGUCUUCUCUGACGAUUCAAAGAAAUGGGUACUGGAAAGGAAAAGUGAAAGUACAACACAGAGAGCUGAAAUGUGUAAGCUUUUGAAAGAGAAUGUGCCAUGGCAAUCGGAGACAAUCCCUUCGAUAGUGGAAGCCAUUAUUGAUUCCAACUCAGAAAAGCAAGAAACUUGGUUAUUGGUUCAAGGGAAUGAUUGUAUUGGAAAAAGAAGGCUAGCUCGUGCAAUAUCAGAGUCAUUUCUCGGUUCUGCUGAUUUACUCCUCCAUUUGAAUACGAACAACAACAAAAAGCGCAUUGGUACUACUUCAAUUAACCAGCAACAAUCUGAAAUGAUGCUCUCCAGAGCUUUGAAAACACAUAGGAAACUUGUUGUGCUUGUGGAAGACAUCGAUUUGGCUGAUACCCAGUUCAUGAAAUUCCUUGCUGAUGGAUUUGAAACAGGGAAAUUUGGAGAAAUUGAGAGAAAACAAUCUGAUAUUGGUCAGGCAAUUUUCAUUCUCACCAAGGGUGAGACAAUGAGCCAUAAAGUUCAUAACUUGGUACACAAGAAUUCUGUGAUCCAGAUGACAUUCAAGGUCGAUGAAGAAACGAAUAGUACCGGUUUCGGUUCGACGAAUUUCGAUCAUCACAAGCGAAAGGCAGAGUGGGAACUGUGCAAGAAUGUCAUGGCAAAGAAUCCAAGAAACAAUGACAAGGAAAAUGCAGGUACCAAGAAAGAUUUCUCGAGGCAAUCGAGCUUCAACAGUGCUACACUUGAUCUGAACAUGAAAGCCGACGAAGAAGAAGAAGACGAAGACGAAGAAAGCGAAGACAAACCGGGGGAAUUGAGCCCGAUUUCGAGCGAUUUAACAAGAGAAACUAACAAUGAUGUUCAAAACCCAAAUGGGUUCUUGGACUCCAUCGACAACCUUUUUGUGUUCAAGAGAAGCCCUGCUCGAGAAAGAGAAAUGGCAGAGCUUUUCUCGGCGAUGAUGGAAGGUUGUUGGUUUGGAGAGGAACGUGGGAGGGAGCAAAAUGGAGUUAGAUUUAGUGUGGAAGAGAGGGUGAUAGAGAGGGUUUGUAUUGGUUCUGGUUUUUUCACGAAUAGUUUGUUUGAGAAAUGGCUGAAAGACGUUUUUCAAACAAGCUUGAGAAAUAUUGGUAAAUUUGGCGGGAAGGGAGGAAAAGGUACGGUUGUAAGGCUUUGUUUGGAUGAUAAGAAAGAUGACGAGGGAAUUUUGGAGGAUGGUUUCAUGGGUUCAUGUCUUCCUAAAAAUAUCCAAGUUUCUUUCAAGGACUAGUUAGAGUGGUCAUUUUUUUUUUUUUUCAUGCUCGCUUCUCUCUCACAAAAAAUCUAUGGAAAAAUUUAAUGACCACCACAUUGUCCUUUCUGUAACUUCUAGUUGUCUUAAUAGGAAUGUGUUUUUUUUUUU